AUGCCGAGCAUGCUCCAAACCAUCUUCGGCUCCUUGGAGAGGACCACUCAGGCUCCGUCGUGGAUUGCGAGGAAAGUCAAGCCCGUGUGGUUCUUUGCCUUUUUGUUCACUCCGUAUCUUUUACCUCCUUUUCGACAAGGCGAUACCGAUAAACCGCAGCAUCUCAGCAUGCGCUCCACGAGGCGAGAUUAG